UAUGGUCAUUGGUCAUUACUCCGUUUCGUUGUCAAACGUCAAAUUGUUAUUUUCCCCAAUUUUAUCAUUGAUCAAACUAUAUUUCAAUUUUCAAUUAUUUAUCUACUUUUGGCAAAUUUGUGUUAAAUAAAUGCUUGUAGGCCAUUUAAAAAAAAAGUGUUCUACAAAAAAUGUGAGUUGUUACAACUUUAGAAAUGCUAUAAUUUUUUUAAAUACAUCAGUGACAUAAAACUUGAAAAAAAUUGUGUAUGUGUAGCUAAUGGCCUGUUAAGUACACCUAUUUUAUGAGAAUUGGAUUGCGAUAUAGUUCAAUUAAAAUAGGUUGUACUUCUGAGGCCCAAAAUAAAAUACAUAUAACUACAUUUUAACGGUCUAAGAGUUUAUAUUUUUUAAAUGCUGCAGAAAUAGUGCUACUGCCAAAUAUUAUUUUUAGGUGUUCAUCAGUGACUUUUACAGGGCUCUUCAUAAUCAUUUUGACGUUAAAUUGUCACCAAAUCAUCACUUACCUAUUUAUAAUUUAAUUUGUGAUUUGUUAAUAAAUGUUAACUGUUUUGCACAAAUAGAGACAAACUUUCCAAUUAUUCUUAUUAAUUUAUAUUUAGGAUCUUUCAUGCUAUCUCCAUGUGUAUUAUUGGAAUGAUAACAAAAAGGGAGAACAAGGAUAAGUAAUAAAAUAUUCCCUAAUUUUGUGUAGAUACUGUCUACUUGAGUAUUUUAUCUGUUAAUAUGUAUUUAAUUUGACAUUUUUAUUUACAACUAAUAACAUUUUUCAUUCCAAUUUAGAUAACAAUGGAUGGAAAAGUAAAAUGAGUUGGAAUUUGACUGACCAAGCAACCCUUGGAAUGGCACAAACUUUGAUUAUAGCAACAUGAAAAGUUGAACAGUAAUGUUGGCAAUACAGAUGUCGAGAAUGGGUGGAAAUAUUGGCUGCCAAAAUUGUGGGAUAUCAAAAUUGAACACAAAUAGAAUACAAUAUGUCCGACAGUUACCGCAAAUAUUCAAAACAUGACAAUAAAAGUUCAGAAAGAAGCUCCAGAAGAAAGAAAGAUUCCAGAUCCUGCAUUAGUGAUUCAAAAACACCACCUUUUUCAUCAAACUACAGCUCUAACAUUGAUGAUUUGAUCAAACAAAGAGAGACUUUAAAAAAUGAACUUAAAAAUAUAACAAAACAUUCUAAACAUGGUAGAAGUCACAAACAUUCUAAACGUCGAAGCUCCGACAAUAUCAAUGAAGAUAAGAGUAAAAAAAGUAAAAAGAGUAAAAGUGAAAAAAAUGUAACUGAACCAAAAAUUAUUCUUGAUGAUGAAACAUCACCUAACCAUGAUUAUUCUCAGUUGGAUUCUGAAGAUGAAGAACAUAUUAUUGAGCUGAGGAGAAAACAAAGAAAACAGCUUUUAGAGCAAUUAACAAAUAAUGGAAAAAUACAAGAACUAAAUAAUAAAACAGAUACAAAAAAAAUUUCUAAUGAACCAUUAACAAACAAUGAGGAUUCCACAAUUUCAAAUAAAACAAAAAUAGAAGUAGAAAAUAAAAUUACAGAUAUGUUUGCUGAAGAAGAUUUUUCAACAAAACAUAGUUCAGACAAAGUGACACAAGAUAACAAUAAGACCAGCUCUCAAUUGACAGACAACUGGGAUGAUGCAGAAGGAUAUUACAAUAUUAAAAUAGGGGAUAUUAUAAACAAUAACAGAUAUACAAUCAAAUGUUUAGUGGGACAGGGUGUAUUUGCUAAUGUUGUUAAAGCUCAAGAUAACAAAACAAACAAUGAAGUUGCAAUUAAAAUAAUGAGGAAUAAUGAACUAAUGUUUAAAACUGGACUUAAAGAAAUAACUACUUUAAAAGAAUUGUGCAAUGCAGACCCAAAUAAUAAAUACCAUUGUGUACGGUUGGAAGGUCAUUUUAUCCAUAAAAAUCACCUCUGCUUAGUAUUAGAAUGUCUUCAUAUGGAUUUAAGAAGUGUUUUGAAGAAAUAUGGUAAGCAUCAUGGACUAAAUAUUAAGGCACUCACAAGUUACACAAUUCAGUUACUAUUAGCCUUGAGACUCCUUAAAAAAAUAGGUUAUGUUCAUGCUGAUAUCAAACCUGACAAUAUUAUAGUAAAUGAAAAGAAAAAUAUCCUAAAGCUGUGUGAUUUUGGAUCUGCUUCAAAAGUGAAUGAUAAUGAGCCAACACCAUAUUUAGUAUCCAGAUUUUAUAGAGCACCAGAAAUAAUACUUGGUAUACCACAUGGCCAUGGUGUAGAUAUGUGGUCAACAGCUUGCACUAUUUAUGAAAUGGCUACCGGAAAAAUUCUUUUUACUGGCAACUCUAACAAUAAGAUGUUAAAAUGUUUCAUGGACCUUAAAGGAAAAAUACCAGCAAGAUUAUUGCGAAAAGGAAAAUUUAAGGAUCAACAUUUUAAUUAUAAUAAUAAUUUUUUAUUGCAUAGAAAGGAUGAAUUCUCCGGUAGGGAAAAAUUAGAAGAGGUUUCAUAUGUGACCGUUCAGAGAGACCUGUCUAAAGAACUGAAGAAGAGUAGAAAAGACAUGUCAGCCAGUGAGGAAAAAAAAAUUGGACAACUUAGAGAUUUACUAGACAAAAUGCUCAUGUUAGAUCCUGGUCAAAGAAUAUCUGUUAAUGACAGUCUGAAACAUCUUUUUAUACAGGAAGAGAUAGAAAAAUAAAUUGCUCAACUAAUUGAAAUAUAUAUAAUUUGUAAUAA